AUGAAAAAGGUAGUUGGUGGGAGGCCAAAGGAUGAUGAUGUGUGGCGACACGUUGUGGUAUUGGAGGAAGGACGAAGAUGGAAGUGUAAAUAUUGUAAAUUGGAAUUCGCAGGAGGUGCCACCAGAAUCAGAUCUCAUAUUAAAGGAGGUAAAGGCGGAGGCAUUCGAGCCUGUGCAAAAUAUGUUCCAGACAGAGGAAACUCCAAUGAUCUCAGAGACAACCUCCGACAUUGUCACCAAGUGGACGGUAUAAUAGAUUAUAGCAUGCCGAACGAAGCAGGACAAAGUCAAGCUGAUGCCAAGUAUCAGAAAGGGGUUCGAGUUGUUGGGUCUUCUUCUGUUUCCGAUGGGGAGACUGAAGACUUGAAGGUUAUACAAUAUGUGUUUGAAUGCUUAAGUCCUGAAGAUAAGGUUUUUGGUUCCCCACUUUCAUAUUUGACUCAAGAAGAAUUUGCCACGCUUAGACCAGGGGCUUUUUUGGAUUCAUUGGUAAUAGAUGCUUUUGCGGAGAUGUUAACUCAUAUUGAGCGAAAGAAGAAAAUUACACCUUCGAAUUGUUAUCUCCCUGUGACAUUUUCGGAGGCAGCACUCAAAUACAGCAUAGCUCGCUUCUUGGACUUUGUCGAUCGCCAAAAAAUAAGAGAAAAUUAUACGUCUGACUUGAAAUCCUGUGAGAAGUUGCUUGCCAUGGAAAAACUCUUCAUAGAGGUAGCAUUUACGGAAUUUCGUUCGAAGAUGGAAACUGACAUCCUCCCACAGCCCAAUGGUGAAAAAGAAAGGGAAGAUUUGGCUAUGAAGUUGCUCAACAGUGACCUGAACCAAGAAAAACAAAGUCUAUAUGAUAAAGCAAGACGCCACUAUGCACAAGUUGGAAAGCAAGAUGGCAAUAAAAGAUUACGAGUUGACGGAGUGAAUAGACAAGAUCGUUUAGAAGAAGGACAAAUUCCAGCUGAAGCUACCCGUCAGGCAAUGAUUCAAGAUGGGUCAUCUUCUGCUUCCGAUAGUGAGAAUGAAAACCAACAAGGAAAAGGAUCUUCCACGGGUUAUAUAUUGCCUACGACAGAUUUAAUAGGUGGGCGUUUUCAAUGGGAAAUUAAAGAUAUAUGGGAAUGGAUAAUGGAUGACAAGCCGUCACCAAUUGGAAUUUGGGGAAUGGCAGGGUCAGGAAAAACAGCCUUAGCAACCCAUAUACAUAACAAGCUUAUUUCAGAAGAAGCUACUAGCGACAUUAAAGUUAUUUGGGUAACUGUAUCACAAAAUAGCAUCUCCCAUUUGCAAAAAGUGGUCGCCAGAUCAAUUGAGUUGGAUAUAUCUGAUGAGUUUGAGGUUAAAAGAAUUGCCGGGAAAUUAUUUCAAGCAUUCGAAGAGAUGAACAAAUGUGUUAUUAUUUUAGAUGAUGUUUGGGAUCAUUUCUUUCUAAAGGAUGUUGGAUUUCCUAUGUCAGAUAAUCGAAUUAAAUUGAUUUUGACCACCCGUAUAUGGAAUGUGUGUCAAGGUAUGGGUUGUAAGAAGGUAAUAGAAGUGGCGCCUCUAGAUGAUGAUGAUGAUGAUGAUGAAGAGAGUUGGGAUUUGUUUAAGGAGUUUUUGGGGUCCUUCCGUGAAGAACUGUCUUCGGAAGUGGAAGAUAUUGCACAGAAUGUGGCACAAAAAUGUGAGGGUUUUCCCCUAGCUAUUGUUAGAAUCGCGACAAGCAUGAAGGGGAGAACAGAAGCUAGAGAAUGGAGACAUAUGUUGGAAUGUCUUGAAAACCUGGGCAAUGGGCAAUAUGAAAUGGACAAAUGGGUAUUGCCAGUUUUGAGAUCUAGCUAUGAUUUCUUAAAUAACAAAUUGCAAAUAUUCUUCUUGGAUUGUGCUUUAAGUACCAAUGGAAUUUUUGACAAUGACGAUGCUAAUUAUUUGCUAAGAAAAUUUGUUUAUGAAAGCAUAGAUGAGACAAAGAAGUUGACGGUGCAGUAUAACAAAGGUUACAACAUGUUGUAUAAAUUAAAGGAUCAUAGCAUGUUGGAUUAUGAUGAUCAACGGAAUCAAUGGAAGAUAAAUAAAUUUCUUAGAAUCCUUGCCAUUGGUAUUGCAGAAGAAACUUGUAAAAUUAUGGGAAAAGCUUACAAGAAUUUGACAGAAAUACCAAGUGAUGACCAAUGGAAAGAGGAUUUACAAAAAGUUUUUCUGACGGGAAACAAGAUACAAACAAUUCCAAAUGGAACAUGUCUUAAGUUUUCUCAACUUUCGACGUUGUUGUUGAAUUGUAAUGUAGAACUCAACCACAUUUCAGAUGAGUUUUUCAACAACAUGCCUGUUCUUAAAGUACUUGAUUUGUCUGGGACUGGGAUCAAGCGUCUGCCCGAAUCAUUGUCCAACUUGAAAUGUCUGAUUGCAUUAUUACUUUCUCGAUGUAGAGAAUUGAGUUGCAUUCCUUCAUUAAUAAAAUUGAAAAGCUUAAUAUCAUUGGAUCUAUGUUUUACUCCAAUCAUUGAAGCACCUAGGGGCUUGGAAUCACUGGUCAAUCUUAGACGCCUAUGUCUUGAGGUGGGUUGGACCCAAUGCUCAACGGAUGCGAUAGGACAAGGUACACAAGGUUUGAAAAAGUUGGAAGUUGUACUAGCCUAUUUUCGUGACAUUAGCGUAUUCAAUAACUUUGUGAGCUUCCUGGCCCAUAAUUGUGUAACCAGAAGCUAUCAAUUAACUUUACGGGUUGCAGAAUACGUUGUUGGCCGGCACCGUAUUCAUCAUGCUUAUGAUAGAGAAUAUUCCGUGAAAGAGAUAUAUAUUGAGGAUAUGGACUUGGGAGAUGAAAAAGUAAUACUCCCAGGGGGAACCAACAAGUUGGUUAUCAGGAAUUGCCGCCUAGGGACAGGUAAUGGAUCCCUAUGCAGUGUUUUAUCAUACUGCGACAACAGUGAGCCACUCAAAAUUGAACUGUUGGAAAUUAGCCAUUGCAAAGAUUUGGAGUGCUUGUGCUGUUGUAAUUGCCCCUUUUGCACGGAUAAGGAGGACUUGGAAGAUUUAGUGCCAUCAUAUGCUGAUUCCUUGCCUCAAUCCCCCCUAUUUUCUCAUCUCACAGAUCUCUCUAUUUCGUUUUGCGACAGCAUGGAAGCUCUGAUCACACCCAAGUUAUUGGCACACCUACGAAACUUGCGCACCAUCGAUGUUGAUGCUUGUCAGAAGAUGAAAGAAAUGGUUGAAGCUGAAAAGGAUCAUUCUGAAUUGGAACCUAUCACUCUUCCCGAGUUGACAUCUCUCAAAUUAAAUUUCAUGACACAAUUAGAUGUCGUAUACAGAGGCAUCAUGGUCUGCCCUUCCCUCCAAACAUUCUCUGCUAAUAAUUGCCCGAUUCUAAGACGCCCUCAGAUAACGAGAUCAAAGGGUGGACCGCUGCUUAAGAUGGAUGAGGCCCUAUUGCUAUACCGUUGGCGAGCUAAUAUUGAUCAAUCAGGUCCAUAUCUGACUUCUUUUAUAUUAUGUUUAUGA